AUGAAAAAGGUAUGGAAGCUGGAGAGCCUUGAAGAAUCAACUAUCAAGGGUCGAAGUAACUACGUAGCCAUUUUCCAAGCUCAGCUUAUGGAGUUUCAUAGGAGGCUAAGGCCUAAGUUUCAAAGCGGGAUACAGUUGCCCUUGGUGAUGGGAGGUAAUAAUACUAUGCAAGAAGCUCACUCCAUGACUUGGCUUCCUGAUAACAGUAACCAGCAAACAAUAUUACCUGGUGAUUUCAGCUUUCUUCCUAAUAGAGAGAUUGAUGGUUCGUUUACUGUUUACUCAGACUGCUUCUUUGAGUCUGUAAAACAAGUAGAUCAGAAAUGCAACAAACCUGGACAAAAAUUUGAGCAGUUUGAACAGCAAGGAGAUGGUUGUUUGGGUUUCGAAUAUAUUGGGGAAGAAUAUUCGUAUCCUACAUCAUUUGGUACUACUCUUGGAAUGGAAGAAGGUCAAGAGGAGAGAAAAACUGAAAUGGAAUUGAACAACUUGCAACAACAACAAGAUCCUUCAUCAAUGUUUGAUCCAACAGCUAGUAGUAGUAGUUGCUUUCAAAUCCCUCAUGAUCAACCCAUGUUUGCCACUGAUCAUCAUCAUCAAAAUUGGGUUUCAGAUUCAAUGUUUGGGUCAAACUUCUUACAACCAGGUUUUGCGUUUUUCACACCUUCCAUUGAAACUAUCUAG